CUCUCCAUCCUGCCGCAGUCUGCAUCCGGUUUAGAGAUGAGCUACCCACUGGACCACCUCUACGGCCACGGCUCCUACCGCAGGGCACCACAGGGCCUCUCUGCCCGGCCUGCCGCUUCUCUCUCCUCCUCCGGCUUCCACUCCCAGCCCUGGACGACCUCUCAGCGCCGCCGCCAGGUCUACAGCCAGACACCCUCCGCCGACAGCUUGGAGAUCUUUAACGGCGACAUGACUCGGAGGAACGAGAAGGAGAUUCUGCAGACACUCAAUGACCGUUUCGCCGGCUACAUCGACAAGGUGCGGAACCUCGAGCUGAUGAACUCGAAUCUGGAGCAGGAAGCGGCUGCGCUGCGACAGAGCCAGACCGGGCGCGCUACCGUGGGAGAGCACUAUGAGCGCGAGCUGGGGAACCUGAGGGGUCUGGUUCAGCAGCUGACCGGGGAGAAGGCACGCGCACUCUUGGAGCAAGACCACCUGGAAGAGGAUAUCCAGCAUGUGCGGACCAGGCUCGAGGACGAGGCACGCAGCAGGGAGGAGCUGGAAGCCAAGGCACGCCUCGUGAACAAGUAUGUGGAUGAGUCUGGGCUCGCACGGCUAGAGCUGGACAAGAAGCUGAGCGCGCUGCAGGAAGAAGCCGCGUUCCUGAAAAAMAACCACGAGGAGGAGGUGGCGGAGCUGCUAGCACAGAUCCAGGGUGCACAGGUGAACUUCGAGGCUCGAGACACAAUCAAGGCGGACGUCACGAACGCCCUGCGGGAGAUCCGCGCUCAGCUUGAUGGACACGCGACCAAGAGCGCAACGCACGCGGAGGAAUGGUUCAAAGUGCGUAUGGAGCGGUUGGCAGAUGCAGCUCACUCUAACACAGAUGCGAUCCGUGGUGCCCAGGAUGAGAUAGCAGAGUACAGACGGCAGCUGCAGAGCCGCACCAUCGAACUGGAGACCCUCAGAGGAACCAAGGACUCCCUGGAGAGACAAUGCAUGGAGACUGAGGACAGACACCAUGGAGAUAUCCACUCACUACAGGAGACCAUUCGUCAGCUGGACGGUGAACUGAAGAGUACUAAGUGGGAGAUGGCCAGUCAGCUGAGAGAAUACCAGGAGCUGCUGAACGUCAAGAUGGCUCUGGACAUAGAGAUAGCAGCCUACAGGAAGUUGCUGGAAGGGGAGGAGACUCGGUUCAUACCUGGGCCAAGCCUGUACUCCUACUCCUCUGCCCACCUGAAGCUGAAGGGGGAGGAGCUCUCAGACACAGUCAUACUGGAGGAACAGACGGAUGAGACACAGGUCACUGAGGUGACAGAGGAAGCAGAAGAUGAGGAAGAGGAAAAGGGAGAGGGAGAAGAGACAGAAAAGGUAGAAGAGAAGGAGGAAGAGGAAGAGGGAGAAAAGGAGGAGGAAGAGGAUGAGACCAAAGCUGAGGCAGAAGAGGGAGAAGGAAAAGGAGUUCAGGAUAAGGGGGGAGAGGAAGAGGAGGCAUGUGAGGAGAAAGAGGAAGAGAAGUCUAAGUCACCUGAGAAGGCUGCUUCUUCUCCAUCCAAAUCUCCCCCCAAAACCCCCCAGCCCAAAUCUCCUGCCCCCAAAUCACCUGAACCAAAAUCACCCCUAGCUAAAUCUCCCCUCCCCAAAUCACCUGCCAAAUCUCCCGCCCCCAAAUCACCUGAAUCCAAAUCACCCCAAGCCAAAUCUCCCCUCCCCAAAUCACCUGCCAAAUCUCCCGCCCUCAAAUCACCUGAAUCCAAAUCACCCCAAGCUAAAUCUCCCUCCAAAUCACCUGCCAAAUCUCCCGCCCCCAAAUCUCCCACAGCUGUCAAAUCACCAACAUCUCCCCCCAGCAAAUCCCCAGAGUCUAAGUCUCCCCCUCCCAAAUCCCCCCUCCCAAAGUCUCCUGAACCAAGUCCCCCAUCCAGGAGAAGGCCAAGCCCCCUGCAGAAGACAAACUGGCCAAGCAGGAGAAGAAAGAGAAGGAACAACCCCAGCCUGUAAAGGAGGAAAAGAAAACAGAGCCAGAACCCAAAGGAGAAAGAGAAGAGUGAGAGCCAACCUAAAGAGGAGAAGGUUGAGGAGAAGACAGAC